UUUACUUGAACCUGAGCCUGUGAGCGAGGGUCUGCUUUUGAAACAACUAUGGCGACUGUAGGGAAGGUGAUCCAGUGCAGAGCUGCAGUAGCAUGGGAGGCCGGGAAAACCCUGAGCAUGGAGGAGGUGGAAGUGGCUCCUCCUCGAGCUGGGGAGGUUCGCCUCCGGGUCGUGGCCACAGGAAUCUGUCACACUGACUCGUACACGCUGAGCGGUUCUGACCCGGAGGGAGUUUUCCCCGUGGUGUUGGGCCACGAGGGAGCAGGGGUCGUGGAGAGCGUUGGAGACGGAGUUGUCAAGUUUAAACCAGGAGACGCGGUCAUUCCUUUAUACGUCCCACAGUGUGGAGAGUGCAAGUUCUGUAAAAAUCCCAAAACCAACCUGUGCCAGAAGAUCAGACUCACUCAGGGCAAAGGUUUGAUGCCCGAUGGGACGACACGUUUCACCUGCAAAGGCAAGAGCCUCUUCCACUUCAUGGGCUGCAGCACGUUCUCUGAGUACACUGUGGUGGCCGAGAUCUCUCUGGCCAGAGUGGACGACAGGGCCCCGCUGGACAAGGUCUGCCUGCUGGGCUGCGGCAUCACCACGGGUUAUGGAGCUGCUCUGAACACAGCCAAGGUGGAGGCCGGAUCCACCUGUGCCGUGUUCGGCCUCGGGGCGCUGGGCCUCGCAGCCGUCAUGGGCUGUAAAGCGGCCGGAGCGGCUCGGAUCAUCGGAGUCGAUCUAAACCCCGACAAGUUCCCCACUGCUCGAGAGUUUGGGGCCACAGAGGUGGUGAACCCCAAGGAGCACAGCAAGGCAAUCCAAGACGUCCUGGUGGAGAUGACCGAUGGAGGCGUGGACUACUCCUUUGAAUGUGUGGGCAAUGUGGCGAUCAUGAGAGCAGCACUGGAGGCCUGUCACAAAGGAUGGGGCACGAGCGUCAUCAUCGGAGUGGCAGCAGCCGGACAGGAGAUCACCACCCGGCCUUUCCAGCUGGUGACCGGACGCACCUGGAGAGGCACUGCCUUUGGAGGAUACAAGAGCGUGGACAGUGUUCCCAAACUGGUGGACGAGUAUAUGAACAAGAAGCUCAAAGUGGAUGAGUUUGUGACUCACACUUUGCCCUUUGAGAAGAUCACUGACGGGUUCGAGCUGAUGCAUGCUGGGAAAUGCAUCCGCGUCGUUCUCCACUUCUAGACGCAGAGAAGCGACGAAAAACAUGAUGGAACUCCAUGUUUGCUCUGCUCAGAUUAAUAAAAAAGUUCCCUGUA